CUGAUGGUAAGGGGAGUGGUCUCGACCGUACAAGGCUUCAAUAAAAGCCACUUGUGUGGACCUCUGAGGAGCCCAAACUUUCCAAUAGCAUCAAAGGCGCCUGCUGCACUGAAAGAAAGAGGCUAAGAACGCCUUUUGUGUGAAAAAAGAGAAAAUGACGAGUCUGCUGUGCAUCACUUUAUUCUCCUUGACGCUGGCUGGCAUUGUACACAGUCAGCUGACAGGCACUCCCGGGUCAUAUGCAGUUAAGGUGAUCACCCAGCUCGGAGCCAAUGUCACUUUACCGUGCCAUCUCCCACAAAAAAGCCGCAGUUUCUUUAGCGUUGGCAUCCGGGUCAAAUGGACCAAGCUAGCAUAUGACGAGGCUCUGAAUGAGGAUGUGCUGCUUUCCAUGGGCUUCCACAAGAAAACCUAUGGGAGCUUCGAGGGUCGCGUCUUCCUGCAGGAGCUGGAUAGUGAUGACGCUUCCUUGGUGAUUACUGACGUUUCCAUGGAUGACAGUGGAACGUACCGUUGUGAGAUCAUCAACGGGAUGGUAGAUACCAUACUAGACAUUGGCUUGGAGGUGCAAAGUGGCCUCACUGAUGGUGUGGUGUUUCCCUACUCUCCGCCUCUUGGUCGCUACAGCUUUAACUUCGACGAGGCUGCGCAGGCUUGUUUGGAGCAGGAUGCGGUGGUUGCCACCUUUGACCACCUGUUCGAAGCCUGGAAGGAAGGCCUGGACUGGUGCAAUGCUGGCUGGCUGGAAGACGGCACCGUGCAGUAUCCCAUAACAAAGCCCAGAGGACCCUGUGGUGGCGCCAACAUCAGUCCCGGCCUCAGAACCUACGGCAGGCGUGACAAGUACCUGAGCCGCUUCGAUGUGUUCUGUUUUGCCAGUGCAUUGAAGGGACGUUUCUACUGGCUGACGCAGCCCGACAGGCUCAACUUCGAUGAGGCCGUCCAGGCUUGCUUCGAUGAUGGCGCAGAGAUUGCCAAGGUUGGUCACAUGUUCGCCGCUUGGAAGCUAGAAGGCUACGAUCGCUGCGACGCCGGCUGGUUGGCUGACGGUAGCGUCCGCUACCCGAUCUCCAGGCCCCGCAGGAACUGCAGCCCCACAGAGGCUGCAGUGCGCUUUGUUGGAUUUCCAGACAAGCAAGAAAACCUCUACGGUGUCUACUGCUUUAGGCCUGAGCCCUGAGGAGCCCAGUAGAAGCCAUGACCACCAAAGAGCUACAACCACCACCCCGAAAAAAUUAUGAUAAAGUCUAUGGAUAUUGAGUAGAAUGAACAUUAUAACAUCUAGAAAUCAUGGUUACCUUAAGAACAACCUACUGGACAUAUCACUCCCAUUUCAGUAAUACUAUGAACAUAGUGCAAAAAUUGAAACCAUUGUUGUUUUCCUUAAAACAAAACUAUGCAUUAUGUUUAGCAAAUGUCCCCUUGCACAAAAACUAAAACUUUACUACAACUUUUGGUCUGCAGUUACCAUUUUAUAUUGCUGCUUCAAUGCUGAAUGCCUUUUUUCAUUUCAAUCAGAUGGUGUAGUGUUAAAUGUAUCAUUUCGCAGGUAAAAUGAAUGUAAACAACUUAGACUGUGAUUUCUUCUGAAUAGAGAGCACCGAUUAAAUCAGCCUCCAUAACAAAUACACACUUUUACUUUUGCAAUCUUUGUGCUUUUAAAAAAAAUGUAAAAAAAAUAAAACAUAAAACACUUAUUUCACUUGCAGUUAGUAAUAUUAAAUACUUAACAUAUGUCUUGAGACAAUAACGUCUGGCACAUUCAUCUAAAUAGUCAUGAUUACAAAUAAUGCUUCUAAUCAAUUUAUGCCUGGAAUAAAACGUGGGGGGGAAAAAUGAAAAUAAUAAUCCCAAAUUAACAAACUCAUAUUUGACAAUCCUGGCAUUCCUGAGUCAGGAAUCAGACUGUUUACAUCACAAAUAUUGUCUUCUGGUGCACUCUGAGUGUUUUACAGAGCAGUGUAUCUAAAUCAGAAAAAAAUGUUAACAUUUUUGUAUUUUUGUAUAUUUCACUUUUUUUUCAAUUCUGGGUGCAUUUUCCUACAUAACCAUUUGAAAUAAAAGAAAAUAUAUAAAAACCUAA